GGAGAACCUGAGGAGGUUGAUCCACUGAGACGCCGACCAGCCGCAGGAUGAGUUCUGCUCAGAGUCUGGAGGACAAACUGGAGGCCCUGCAGAGCCACUUCACCUGGGAUCUCCAAUCCUCCAGGUCCAAACUGACCGACCUGAGGAUCCGACUGGAGGACGUCGGUACAGAUGAGGGGAACUUCUGGCUGGGUCACAUCUACAACCUGCUGGGCUUCAUCCAGUACCAGCUGGGCUCCUCUGAAGACGCCCUGAAGCUCUUCAACCGGGCCACUGAGACCUUCAGGCAGAAAAACGCUGAUGAAGGUCCCUGGUUGAUGGUGAACUUUGGGAAUCUGGCCUGGCUGCACCAUCACCUGGGAGAAGAUGAGAAGAGUGAAGACUACCUGUCAAAGGUCGACGGUCUGAUGAGGAGAUACCCAGCUCCACCUGAGUUAGAGCGCCACCCAGAGGUCUUAGCUGAGAAGGCCUGGACCCUGAUGAAGUUUAAUAAAGAGAAGAAGCUGGAGGCUGCAGAGCUCUUCCAGGGAGCCAUCCGGAUGCAGCCGGACAUCGUGGAGUGGCAGAGCAGCUACGCCAUACUGUCAACAGAGUUCCUCACAAAACGCCAGAUCAUCUUAGAGCCUGAAGACUUUGAGAGACUGAAAUCAGCUAAAGAACAAGAUCCAGGUAACUUAUAUGUUGCUGCUCUUUAUCUGGAGGCCAAAGCUGCAGGAGGAGAACAAAUCCAGGAUGAAGCAAGAGAGUUGGCUGGUAGGAUUCUGGAGAGACCUCCGAGCAGUUACAAUGGAAACAGGCCGUUACUGCGUCUGUAUAGAAACCAAAUCUCUAAAGAUGAAGCUGUUCAAUUAGCUGAAGAGGCCCUGAGGAGACAUCCCAACUCACGAUAUUUAAAAAAAUCUGCUGCUAUCUGCCACACGAAGAGCAUCCUUUAUCCAGACCACCAGGAACUCCAACCUUCCUGCAUCGUGGUGAACCGAGCCAUCAGUCUGUGGGAGGAAAUGAUGGCAGCUUAUGGUGACUCUUCUCUUAGACGACAAAUAACUCUAGCAGAAUUAUAUUCAAAGGUAAACCAAGAGAAAUCUCAUCAGAUUUACAAAGGGCUGCUGAGGGAAGAUCUGGAUCCAGAGAGAAAACAGAUUCUUUACAGCUGCUACGCAAAACAUUUAUUCUUCGUUAGAAAGCAGAGCCGCAAGUCAACAGUUUACCACAUGAGGGCAGCAGAGAUCCCGGUAGAAUCGAACUAUCGACAGAAAAGCAUUACAGAGCUGGAGAAGACCAUCAGAAGAACCAGAAACCCUGAACUGAUUGAAGAAAUAGAAAAUCUUCUGACCAACCUGAGGAAUUCAGCCUGCAGCUCAGAAUCAGUGAAUAUUGAAGACCUGAACCUGAAGAUCAUAUAAAAUCUGCAUGACGUUCCAGACAUGAACAGAGUCACUUCAAAUGAUUUUUAACUCUGUAAAAUCCAGUAAAAUGAUGAAUAAUGUUUUAUCACAUUGUUCAACCUGUUUUGAAAAUCUGCAGAAUAAAGCCUUGACUUUGAGGAAAUGAAGUUUCUCUUAUUUUCUAAAGAGCUGCAGCUGAAACCAAAGCUGGUUCUGACUAAAUAUCCACACACAUGUCUGUGUUCAGUCUGAGGGAGGAGGACCGGCUCCGUUCAGAGAGAACAGAACGCAGCCCUCAGCUGAGCCGACCCACUGGCUGAGCUACAGCAGCAGAUGGCUUCCUCCCAGCGCCGCCUGCUCCCAUCUGACCUCAUUUUAACGGAGAUCUUCCUAAAAACGACCAAAGAAAAACGUUGUGUCUGGACAGAGAUGAGUUAGUUUAGAAUAAUCAGUUUAGGUUUUGCUUCGCUGUUAGACACAAAGUAGCGGCUCUAACAGAACCAGUUUGGGUCCAAACCGGCCGCAGAGUUUAGGAUGUGAACUGUUUUAAAAGGUCACUGGGUGAGAAAGAGAGAUGUGUUUAGAAAUCAGGACAGAAGUCAAAAUGUAAAGUUUUUAUCACCAUGAAUGAUGAUCCUCGUUCCCAUCACGAGAAAGGAAGAACAUCAGGAAUUCACAUUAUCUGGACUCUGGGAGGAUAAAUCAGACCAAACAUUCACCAAGAUUAUUUCACUUCUGAACUGGAUUAUUUAGUAAAAUCUAGUUUUUUUUCCUUCUGGUCCAGAGGAGACAUCCUGACUCUCCAUAUGAGAAAAGGUCGGCUGCAAAGUGCUACACUAAACAGAUUUUAUCUCAUCGCAGCAAUUCUGACCCCAGAAGGAUCACAGAAGCAAUCAGUCUGUGGGAGGAAGUGAUUGCUGCUUAUCCUGAAUCCUCCCUUCAAGAAACUUUAGACUUACAGACAAAGGGAGACAAUAUGAGGGUUUAUUUUAAUAACAAAGAUUUUAUAUCUCACUUAUGAUUUUACUGAUUUAUAAAUUAGCUUCAGAUGAUUGUGUGUUAAACUGUUUAAUGUGGUUAAAAUCAUUGAAAGAGCCUGAUGGAUCCAAACCUAUGAGUGUUUCUGCCUCCAAAUCAUCGACAUACUUUUAUUUAUCUGUUCUGAACAUCAGGAAGUUUUAUUGUGAAAUAUGAACAUGCAGCUCAGAUAUGUCAACAAUUAGCUAUGCUAAAGCUCUUAUUCUGGGAAAGACUUUCCACUUGCAAUGUGCUAAUAGCGAGCUAA